GUAACACCAAUUACAGUUACUUUAAUUUUUUAUUUUUUUUAAUUCUCUUCCUGGUCUCGCGAUAGAGCGGCGGAGUGGUUUGACGGGCAGUCGAGGUUGCAGCAGGCAGAGGGAGACGGUGGAAGGUAAAGUAGGGAGGCAGCAUCAUGGCGGACAGAGACAGUGGCAGUGACCACGGAGGGCCCACCGCAGGCCCCGGCUCGCUGCCCCCGGGUGCGAUGGGCGUCAUGUCCCGGCUGCAGCACGACACCGAGGAGCUCGCCUCCAAGCGUGUCGACAUCCAGAACAAGCGCUUCUACCUUGACGUGAAGCAGAAUGUGAAAGGCCGCUUCCUAAAGAUAGCGGAGGUCGGGGCUGGGGGAAACAAGAGCCGCCUCACUCUCUCCAUGUCUGUUGCCGUGGAGUUCCGCGAUUAUCUCGGGGACUUUAUCGAACAUUACGCACAGCUGGGUCCGAGCAACCCGGACAUGGUGCAGGAUGAGCCCCGGCGGGCGCUCAAGAGCGAAUUCCUGGUCCGGGAGAAUCGGAAAUAUUACAUGGAUCUGAAAGAGAAUCAGAGGGGGCGGUUCCUGAGGAUCCGACAGACCGUUAAUCGGGGGCCCGGACUGGGAAGCGCGCAAGGCCAGACCAUCGCUCUGCCGGCUCAGGGUCUCAUCGAGUUCCGCGACGCUUUGGCCAAACUCAUCGACGACUACGGCGUAGACGAGGAGCCGGCGGAGCUGCCGGAGGGCACGUCGCUCACCGUCGACAACAAGCGCUUCUUCUUUGACGUGGGCUCCAACAAGUACGGGGUCUUCAUGCGUGUGAGCGAAGUGAAGCCCACGUACCGGAACUCCAUCACGGUUCCGUGCAAAGUGUGGUCCAAAUUCGGCAACACCUUCUGUAAAUACGCGGAGGAGAUGAGGAAGAUCCAGGAAAGGAGUAGAGAGAAGCGGGCCUCCGAACUGCUACCUGAGGGCCCGCAAGGCGGAGAAGAAGGCGACGACGACUGACGCGGAUGUUUGGAGAGCACUUCAUGAAACAACUGACUUUUAACUGUAAAAUAGAGAGAUAAUUUCCAAGGGAAUCACCCACACACACAACCUCCACAGACAUAGCAGCACCUCAGCUGUCUCCUCGCUCAUUGUACCGGAUGACACCCCCACUUACCACCAUGUAACAGUAAGCCGCUGCUAUCAAGGAUUGAACUGUAAGAUAUGAACUGUUUCUUACUUGAUUUAAAUGACAAUGAACAGAGUGUUUAUAUCUCUAUCAAUGACAGAUUUUGCACACAUCAAAGCUAUUUCGAAAAAAAAAAAAUGUUUAAAUGUUUUCAAAGUGGUGAUAUGCUAAAAUUGAAUCAACAAUAAAAACCAGAGGUCUAUUAUAUUAAAUGGCAGUCUUCAUGUAGAACGAAUAUUUGACAUCAGCACAAAGAGAAUAUAUUAUAGACUUUAUGAAACCAAAAUCAGAAUACCAGAUGUAUAGUUUAUUUUAAAAAAAGGUACGCAAAAUAAAUAUCAAAGUGCUCAUAAGUGUGUGAAUUGCAGAACGCACUGCAGGCCUGUAAACACCUGUCAGCAUGCGUGUAGACUCAUGUUUUCAAAAGAAGUUUGGCAAAGUAGGCUGUAGUCUUUAAUUUGACCUAAAACACAUAGGCUGAUUAAAGCAUUUCUGUCAUGCCAUUAAGGAAAAGGUUGGGACUCUACAUGAAAUAGCCUAUUUUGUCCACCUCAAAUAAAUGGGAUAAAUCAAUCUUUGAGCUACUAUACUGAAUAUCAACCCUCUUGCACCAUGUCCAUAUAAACUUAAAUGAAAAAAAAGUGCUAACUUAGAUGUACUAAUUAUGAUUUUGUGAAUCAGCUGUAAAAAAGAAUCCUUAUUAAGAUACCCACGUUUUCUGUGGGUAAAGUUUUUUCUUUGUUACUUUGUUGUUUUUUCCUCUGGGGGGUGGGGGGUGGUGGUGGUUUGGGGAUGCAAAAGGGUAAGGUCCACUUGUGAGAUCGCAAGGCGCGGUAACAAACAAAAAAAAGAGACACGCCAGCACGUGGCGAGGCGAAGCAUCCUCUCUGACGUCAUUACAACCCGUGCCUUAUACACUCCACUCGUUUACGUGUUCUCACGUGGAUGGUCUGUGACCUCGACCGCUGUACGUUUUCAUUUUACGAGUGCUGUAAUAUAGGCAGAAUUAUAUAUACCCACCAGGCCGGCAGGAUUUACUUCCCUGCAGUGCAUGGAGCAUGGGUGGAAACACCAAAUGUAAGGUGGAGGGCCACUGGGAGCAUGGGGGAGGGGGACCAACAGUGGUAAAGGGCAGAAACAAUGCUCCAGGCUGGAGCAGGCCCAAAAAAGAGAGACAAGGUUCUACUGUAUGUGCACUUUGAGGGUGGGGACCACAGUGUGAUAUGACCCCCUGGAGCCCAGAAUCCCUAGCAGCACACCUGGCUGGGUGGCCUGUCACAGAGUGGAGAUGCAUCUCCUCGACAUAAGAAACGACCAGCAUGGAGAUUCAUCUGGAGAUGAUAUGGGUGGCUUUGAACACCAUAUGCACCAUGAUAUUAGAAACCAGUAAAAAGAUUUUUUUGUCAAAGCUGAGAUGGAUGCCGUUAAAGAGACAGGCAGUCAGUCAGUCAGCUGGUCCCAUGCAGUCAGUCUGAGUGCAGUCCAGUGAUGUGGAGGCCCAUCGAAGACGGGCCGAGGCAGUAUCUAUCUCUUUAUGGUGCUACAGCCCCUUGAUCGCUCCUUGGGGGCCUUCCCACUCAGAAUACGUCACUUUUGCAUCACUUUUCCUCUUAUGCUCCUCUCUUUUCUGUCAAAGUUCUUUUCUCCACAUUACAUUGUCCAAGACGUGUUCGGUUUCUCCCUCCCAGGCAGAGAAGACGAUGCUGACUAGUGGAGGACAUUUCAUCUUAGUGUGCAAUAUUGUGUACGUGCCAAUCGUGGCAUUGUAUAGACUUUUAAAAAGACGAAAAAAUGUAUAGGCUAUGUGAUCAGUAGAUAAUAUGAAAGCAUGAUAAUGAGGUUGACGCAUUUGCAUUAUAUUUCAAAAACGUGAAGUCUUUCUUCUCAAGCACCUGCUUAAAGUGGAAAAAAAAAGUCAGACUAGUAGUGAGGUAUUUUUCCUGUCAUGGUCUGUGAACCAGUAAGCUUCCUUGUCUGUCUCUCAGUGCGUUUAGACUAGCUUGGGUGUUUAACGUCUGUGGAAUCACCCCAGAGAAAAACAAUUCCCUCCCUGUUUCUCCCCCCGAACAUACAUAUGCAGCACAGGCAGUCAGACUAUCAGCAACCUUUAACUGUCUCUGCAGUGGCACACACUGAAGCUGAAUGAUAUGUCGGCGAUUAGGUCCAGUGGUGGCUGACAUACACACAUCCAAACACACAGUCUCCCCCUGUUAAGGCCUCCUGUUGCUAUCUGAGUGUUUGCGAGGCCUCUGAAGUAUUCUGAAUGGCGUCUAGAGCUGCACAAGGCCUCCUGUCAUUAGCAGCCAGGAAACUGUGAGUUUGGAGCCUGAGUGCGACCCCUCUCUUGCUUGGGACUGCUGAUGACAGGACAGGUGAACUGAAACCUUAUUUUGACUUGAGGAGUUUGAUGUAUUUGUAUUUUCAACAAAGAUUAUAAUCCCCCUCAGUUUGUAAAGAAUGCCCCAGCUCAUUUCCACACUCAGAAACACAGUCCAUUCCUUCAUUUUGACCUGAUUGACCUCUAGGCUUACAUUGAACUGCUAGCUCACAAUCAACAUGCCUCAUGGAUAGAUCACCUAUAAGCUUUAUUUUAAAUCAUGUUGCCCUACAAAGAGACUGAACCUGGUCACUGGUACUGUCAGAGAGGCAUGGAGGGAAACACAGACUACACAGACUGCAGCUUUGCAGUCCAAGUCUCACAGACAUGUGGGAUAACUGCAGCUAAACAGGGGCAGAAUUACGCAAAGCUCACCUGGGCAUCUUACCGAGGCUUUGCUCUACAGAAUUCUGUGUUGAGCUCUACUUGAUCUGUGUUAAAUUGCUCAUGUCUGUGGCAGUAGAGCCAAGAAAAAUGUUCCAGAAAAUCCCAUCUGUUCUACGCCAGACUUUUUGUCCCAGGUUUGUCUCAGAGUGUUGGUGAGAGGCCUGAUGAAGCCUGGCACUGCACUGUAGGGGCUUAGCAACAGCAUUCCACCAUGACCUACUGACCUGGCGUUAAACAGACCCAGUUAGGACUUUUCUCUCCAUUCAAGAGUGGAACAGGAAAUCUCUUUCUCCUCUUGCACAGAUGAUUCUUUUCCUCACACUGACUUGAAUGAUAAAGAGCUCAUCUCCAUUAAACAGAUGUGGGAGCCACCUAUGACUAUAUGCUUGGCAAAGCACAUCUGAGGUCAACAUGAGUUCACCUUGAGUUCAACAUUAUUAUGAUUACAUUGUUGUGAAACAGCACUUACUACACCCAAAGUUCUAGCUUGAGCUAAGAUCCAUUUAGGCCUCCAGGAGGCCCAUGCUACAUGAAGACUGGAAAUAUAACAUUUCCUUUCGCUCUUUCUUCAAUAGCCAAAUAUUAGAACAGCAAGUUCACGUUGUGAAUGCCUCAAUCUGUAAAACGCACACUUUUUUUCAGACAGUUAAAGACGUGUUGCUUUGUUACGGACAGUAAUUGCCAGGUGCUACUGCACAGUUUGAGUUUUUACUGCAAAACUGAUCCUGGUUGUGAAGCAUGACUCAUCCAUUUUGGGUCGAGGAGAGGGCAGUAAUGGUUUUGCCGGAAACUGCGUGAUCUAAUCUGAUUUCUCAGUUCAUGAGAGUUCACCCAGUGUCACAGUAAAACUUGGGAUGACCUUGCAGCCAUGUUGGGCCCACAUUAUCACCCAUGUCUGGGACUCAAACACAAAAUGCUAGGCAGAUGUGUUUUGUCUCAUUUUCCAUGUGUGACGUCAGUGUUGCAGUCGUGUGCCGUCUUCAGUGGCUCUGGUUAGUCCAGCAAUAGCGUACUGAAGCUGUUAGCAUUGAUGAGAAUGACGUCUUGAACUGUUACAUAGUGGUUGCCAUCGUAGCAGUCCUGAAUCACAUUGUUAUUUUACUGGGGUUUUUUUGUUUUUGUUUUUUUCAAAAGGACACAUGUUUUGUUGCUCAAUCCACCUGACGCUCAAAGUGACCAGAUCAUUCCUUACACAUAUUAACCUACGGAAAUAGAUGACAAAACUAAAAAAUUGUAGAUGUUGCGACAGUUGCUGCUGUUCACUGCUUUGUUAAACUGUUGCAUGUACUCAGUGUCAGAUUGCUAUGAUGGCUCCAGCUGUAGGUGAUUUGUCUGCUUGCUCCUUCUGUCUCAAAGAGGGAGAUUAUUCCUGUUUCUGACUGCAUUCAUGUACAUGUACAACCUUUAACGGCAAACUUCCACACACAAAAUGUCAACGGUCGCUUCUUCCAUUAAGGUGUCUCAGACAACCAAAUCCGCUCCAUUUCUGAUUUCAGUGUUGUAGUCUUGCAUUGGCCAUUCAGAGUCCCUGGUUAUUUACCCGGCCAAUCACAGCCUCUGGUCAAAACCUAGCACGACGGUAUAACGGCUCAUCAGACACCAAUGACAGGGGAGCUCAUUCACCACAUCUUGUGUUUGCACAUGCACCGAGCAGUAGGGUCCACCAUGUUUGCAGAUUACAAAGGCUACUGUUGUGUCUAUUUAUGAAGAUGUUCAUUCAGAUGUUUAGAAGAUUUUUGGAACUGGAUCCUGGAAUUUAAGGGGUGGGGUCAAUGCACAAUAAACAUAUCCCAUGUCACAUUUUGGUCUAUAUCCCUUUACCAUUCCCCCAUAUGAGAUAAUAUGUUGUAUCUUUUAAAAAUAUUUUAUCUGUGGUGUGUGAGUGUGUGUGCGUGCGUGUGUGUAUAAAUAUAUAUAUAUAUAUAUAAAUAUAUAUAUAUGGUUUGUUAUAUAUGAUGCUCCUCCUUUCAGAAAAAAUAUAACGUAAAUAGGAAAAACAUAUUGCCGUUUUUUUCCUUUGUAUUUUAUACUUACAUAAAGCAUUGAAUAAAAAUGGAUAAAUACUUGCACUUUAGAUAUAUUAAGAAGAAUAAAAAUCUGCAUAUUAUUUUUGAUAGGGAUCUCACAUUCAAAGAAUAUAAAUUACAGGCUUUGUGACUAUUGCUGGACAGAGAUGUAUUGAGUUCUACUUAUUGAAGUAUAUUUUGUCUGUGUGUCAGAAGGUUUACUAAAGUAAAUUGCAUGAUAAAGUAGUGCUACACCGUUAUUGUUCUUUUUUUUAGUUGUUAAAGAUGUAUGAAAACUGUGAUAACAACCCUCUUGUAUCAUGUUUAACCUCUCCUCGCCCCUUCUAGAAUAUUUCUAACUGAAAUAUGGCCUUUCCUGACUACAUGAUGAUGGUGCUUACUUUGGCUUUGACAUCAAGCUCAUCCUAUACAUCUCAACAUCACCAUAACUCACGUCCUCAGACUUCGUUACUUUCUGUUAUGUACUCUCGCUACCUUAAUAAAUUUCUGUUGAUGGCAAAAAAAAGGUGUGCUGUUUUGUACAUUGCUGUUUGUUUUAAUGUUGAGGAGCCUUGUUGUCUGGAAAAUGACUAACUGCGCAAUAAAAAGUCAUUCCACA